AAAUCGAUAUCUCAAAGCUUAGAAUCUGUAGAUUGAAUGCUGUAGCUGCCAUAGCUUUGAGAAAGAGGCAUGGUCUCUCUACAUAUCUAUCCAUUACCUUCCCUCCAAAACCCCAAUUCCAACCAAACCCACUUCUCUAUACCCACUAAAAGCCCUGCUUUCACAAUCCUCAGUCUCCACCACCCAGCUUCAAGUGCACCUUUUUCUGCUCACACCCGCUUCACCCCUCUUUUCAAAGCUCCUAACUUUCAAGGGUUUAAGAUCUCAAAUUGCAGAACCCACCGCCGUAUUGUUGGUUGCAAUGCUUAUAAAGACUCUGGCGAGGAAAUCGAGGCGCAUUUGGGCGGUGGGGGGGUUGACGGUGGUGGAGGAGGAGGUGGUGGUGAAGAUGGGGAUGAUGAACAGGUGGAGAAGAAAGGUGGGCCUUUGCCAGAAUGGAUCAAUUUCACUUCCGAUGACGCAAAGACGGUCUUCGCGGCCAUAGCAAUAUCGCUUGCGUUCAGGUCAUUUGUGGCCGAGCCCAGAUACAUUCCUUCUUUGUCGAUGUAUCCUACGUUCGAUGUUGGAGAUCGAAUUGUUGCAGAAAAGGUCUCAUACUAUUUCAGGAAGCCGUGUGCAAACGAUAUUGUGAUCUUCAAAAGUCCCCCUGUUCUUCAAGAAGUAGGAUAUACAGAUGAUGAUGUCUUCAUUAAACGAGUUGUUGCGAAGGAAGGUGAUAUUGUAGAGGUUCGUAAAGGGAAGCUCAUUGUUAAUGGGGUUGAGAGAGAUGAAAAGUUCGUCCUUGAACCACCUUCUUAUGACAUGACACCCAUUCGUGUACCAGAAAAGUCAGUAUUUGUGAUGGGUGACAACCGCAAUAAUAGCUAUGAUUCACACGUUUGGGGUUCUCUGCCGGCCAAGAAUAUAAUAGGUAGAUCCCUGUUUCGGUAUUGGCCUCCAAACAGAAUAGGCGGCACUGUUCUCGAGACUGGCUGUGCUGUUGACAACCAGGAGAGCAGUCCAGCAACUCAGUGAAAUAAAUACAAACCCCAUCCUCACCAAAGGGAAGGUUCCUCAUUAACUUAACAUAUUUUUUGGAUUGUAGUUUACCAUCUUAUUUCUGUUUUAUCUGUAAUAUCUUUGGUUUCAACUGGACGAUGCCAUUUUUAUUUAAAAGGGCAAAUUUUUUUGGAAUGCCCUGCUUGAUAUUCAUUGAUGUUAAUCACAAGUGAAUCUUAAAACAUAUUGAUCUUUCUUGUUUAAUUUAAACGCUUGGCCAUCUGUUUCUCAUGGCCGGCUACUUAAUAGAAACAAAAAAAAUAUAAUGUAGUAAGCGUUUGGUUUU